AUGUUCGGCUCAAUAUUUGCCUUGAGCGUCGACUUUCUUCCUGACGGUUUAUCUGGCGCAGCUGGAGAAUCUUUGAGUGCUGUUGCGCUCGUCGUUGUGAGUUAUGUGCAGCUCCUUGCAGAACAUGUCGAUACUCAGUUACUGAAGGAUGCAACGCAACGAGUCCUUUCAAUACUCAUUGGUGAAUCUACGGAGGUCGCUGCUCAUGGAAAAAUGAUGACGGAUAUGCCCCGUCUGCUGGAGGUGCAGCAUGCGACAUCCUGCAGGCACUCAUACAACGGGCACGUUAUUGGAUAA